AUUAACAUCUAAUUUAAGCAAAAAGAAUGGCAAACAAAACCAAGUUUUCAGUUCCAGCAUCACCUUGCUACGUCGAUUUCAAUCCUGCUUGUGAUUUGCAGAAAGAGGAAGGUCUUGAGACUUUGAUCAUCCAUCUCCCUGACUUUAAGAAAACUCAACUGAGAGUGCAAGUUAGCAAAGAAGGAGUCCUCAAAGUAAGUGGCGAAAGACCAACAAGUGCAGAUGGGGCAAAGAGGAGCCGGUUUCUCAAGGAAACAAAAAUACCAGUGGGUUGUGACAUGAAUGACAUACGAGCAAAGUUCACUGAUGAAAGCCUUCAUGUUAUAAUGCCAAAGAAAGUUACUCCUCAGCAGCCUGCAUCAACAGAAACAGCUCCACCACAACAAGAGGUUACUGAUCAGAAGCCGGAAGCUGAGGCAGCCAUGGUUUCUGAUGAUAAAAAAGCAAAGGUUACAAGUACAGAAAAUGGUACAAUGGUCGGGACAAGUAGUAGUUAUGCUCAGCCAAAGGGUGAUCGUAUGUUUGAGUAUGGAAGCAUCAGAAAAUGGCUGCAAGGAAGAGAGAAGGUGACGUUGGGGUUCGGAAUUGCAGUAGUGACAAUGGUAGCAAUUGGAGCUUUUGUGGCUUCAAAGUAUGCGUCUAAUUCUAAUAACAGUUGUUCUCUUUCUCUGUAUAUGGAAGAGUCAGGGUUUAUGUAAACUCCUCUGGUUGUGUAUUGUUCUGUUUUUAUAUUGGGUUGGGAGAAUUUAUAUAUGUACUUGAAUUGGUUAAGUGUACAGAAAGAUUUACAAACAUGAAUUUAAAAGCUUGGUGAAUCAAGUAUUAAAAUUUCUUGUGAAUGAUUAUGAUUGA